UUAAACGCGUAAUUUAACUUUACCUAUAGAAAGCUAAUUAGCUGUAUAAAAUUAUAUACGAGCUUAAAAGAGCUGAAGGAAAAAAAAGAGGAACAUAUAAAAGGGAGGCCCAAGUAUGUAAUUAGCCCAUAAUGGCCCAUUCAGAUCUAGAAAUUCUCCGAUGCUCAACAUAUUCUUUCCUCCUAAAACGACGACCGUUGACGAUCAUCGUCGUAAACCGAAAAAAACAAAAUCAAAUUCAUUGACGAAUUGUGUAUUUUUAAUUUCGAAAGCUGAAGAAACAUCGAUUUGAUUUAGCUCGAGUACAAUGGACAAAGGGCACGAAGAUUCCGGCAGCAAUGUGGAUCGGGAUUGUGAAUUGUCGGUAAUGAGCGGGUGUUUUCACUUGGAUCAUGUGGGGGAUGUUUUGCUUGCACGGAAUCAACAUGGUUUGUCCUGGAAAUGUUUGGAUUCUUCAGAUUGUGAGGGAACGACUUGUUUGGGAAUUGGAAGUUGGGAGAACACUGAAGAAACUGAGAUCAAAUUCUCUGAUAUUUAUGCUGUGGAGUUUGAUAGCUAUGGCUUGGUGCAUAGUCCCAAGUCAGGCCUUGGUCAUUCUUUCAUAAAAUACAUAGAAGUUUAGUUAAAUUAAAUUAAAUAUGAACGUAUCAAAAAUCACAAGCUGAAAUAUCAAACAAAAUCCAAAGCAAAACAAUUUAUGAAUUAGAGAGGAUAUUGCAAUAUGCACUUACACAACAAAUACAAUACUAAAAGAAAAGGAAAACU